UGAUGGUAGUCUUGGGCAUUUCCGUGGGAAGCAGCGAUGCUCCAUCCUUAUCACCAACAAAACACAGUUUGAAAUUAACAAUAAUUUACAAAUUAUUAUAAUAAGGUUUUCACUUACUUAAGUAAAUGUAUUUGAAAUUAUAAACAAAAACAUAAUUACAAUGAGUACUUUCAAGUACUAACAAUGGUAAACAAUAAAACCGAAACCUGUUUAGAGGAGAAUAUUAAAUAUUGACUGGAUUCCAAAUAAUGGCUAGUGAUAACAGAAGAAAAACACCUCCUCAAACCUCUCAGGUAAAAUCUGCUCCUGUACAAGAUUCAGAAGAAGUUGGGUCAACAUCAACCAACAACAUAAAUACAAAAUAUCGAAAAGAAGUAAUGGUUAAAUUAGACAACAACAAAACACUUCAUAUUGUGCAUUUAGAUCCUAAAACUGUAUCGAUAAAUGGUAGGCCUUUUAAAAGAGAACUUGUAAAUUAUUACCUUAAUAUUCACAAACAACAACAACAAGAAAGGAAACAACAAGUAAAUGCUAAAAUACGAGAUUUAUUAAAAAGGAAAAUUAAACAAGAAUCUAAAACAACUAAUAAUUCUACACCAAUAGUUAAUGGAAAUGAUUCUAGUUCUAGUAGUGGUAGUGUAAAAAAUUCCCUGUUAAGGACUCAGCUAUUGACUCCAAAAACUACAAAUAAAAAAUCACAACCACCUGAAAAUAAUGAAGAAGAUCCUUUAUUUAAUAAAAACCACUCAAAUAGUGACGGAAUCAAAUUCUUGCAACACCAAUUCAAAACAGACCCCACUUUACAAUCAAUACUUGCAGAAAUAGCCACUCUACAAAAAGAGUACAACGAUUUAGAUGCAAAUUUGAUAGACAAAGAAGUAGAAGCAAUGAGAGAAAAAAAUCGUUUACCAAGCAUGGUAGACUUUAAUCUUUUUAAAGGGCAAGAGCCAAGUAAAACCAAUGUUGUUAAAGGAAAACAGCCUGAAACUGUUGUCAGACCAUCAACAUCACAAACUCCCAAGAGUCCCAAGCCUGUUCCAGAACUUAUUCCAGUUAAUGGUCUGAAACAAGUAGUAUCAACAAUAAGCAACCACAAUGACACUUACGGUCCAGGCAAGCUAGUAAUCGACGAAGAUGCCAUCUACGAACAAGAAUCAUCAACAGAUUCAAUAAAACCAGAACGAACCAAAAAACCCAAUUCGCCUUGCCUAUGUUAUACAAAACGUAAAACGAAAUCCCAAUUCAAACGUCAUUCGAUAAUCUGCAACACAUUUCCAAACAUAAUGAAAAUAGAAAAAUCGUUGCCCAAUGAACCAGUAUCGCCAUCAUCGUCUUCAGCUUCAUCAGAUUUAAAAAUUAUGGAAGUUUUCGCAAAUGGCAAAAAAAUCAUCAGCUGUGAUAGAUGCAACUUUGAGGGGACAGAAGAUGAAGUGGCAAAUCACAGUUUGAGUCAUUUUAAAAAAGUUAAAGAGACUCACAAGAAUAAUUUGUAUAGCAAGUCAGAAAAACACCUUUGCGGUGGCAAUGUACAAAUUAAAUCUGAACCAAUUGACUGUAUUGUUAUAGACGAUGACGAUUGACUUUUUUUUUUUAGGUAUUUAUAUUUUAUUUUUUUAGUAUAUAUUCCCAAAAAAUAAAUUUUACAACUUUUUUUAAAAAAAAUCUUGUUGUUUCAUUAAUUCAUGAGGAAAUUUUAAUGAGCUAUAGAAAUUAAUAAUCAACCAACAAGUCUAUUUUUUCGUUUUAGUAAACUUUUUGGCUUCACGAAUUGUGCGCUUUAAUUCCUGAGACUCUUCAUCAAUUUCCUGAGAAUCUUCCAAAUCAGUAUCGCUGCUAUUGAUGCUGGCACUUGGUUGAUAAUCGUCACUAGAUGCGUCAUUUAUAAACGGAUCAUUGUAAUCAUAACUAUCAUCUAAAUCGUCAUCCUCAGGAGUUUGAGGUGGAUUUUUUUUGGUAGUUGGCCUUUUUUGGGCUGUUGCUG